GCUGCCACUGAGCGCGUGCUCACAUUAGCGUCUGACCGCAUUUACGGCCGGACCUGGAUGCAUCUGGCCGCAAUUACGUCCAUAAGUGUGAGUAUGCCCUGAGAAGAUGGCAGACGUGGCAAGCAGCAACAACAGGGGAAGACCCCUAAGGGUCCAUAUCGGGUGCCCUGAGCCUAUUUGCGCGGCAGACGAUCGCGGUAAACGCGGGAGGGGGAAGUUCUCACAGGGCUCAGGUGACGAGUACUGUCCACGUGGCAUACUCACAGGCAUCCACGUGUCCCAUUUCGAGGGCAAGGUGCGAUCUUGAUCCUGUUUUGAUUGAGGGCCUCGCCACACCACUCUGUCGAAAACACGUUUUUCGAUAAUUUCUCUUGUUGGCCACACAGCCUGUCGAAAAAAUUGGAGGCGGGAAGAAAAUUCGCCGCAACUACGUUGUCAGAGAGAAUGCUUCUCGACACCUCCUCCUGUCGAAAGUAAGUUGUUCAAUCCAUACAAAAAAAAAAAAAAAAAAAAAAAAAAAAAAAAAAAAAAAAAGUUGCUGAAUCCCACACCCCGCCUGCUACUCCGAUGAUUUCGACAGUCCUCGGCGGCGCCAUCGACUUCUGUUCGAAAUUUUUGGUGAGUGGGCGUGAGGUCGGCCGGAUGGACUAAUGCUUCUCGUACACUCAGAAGCCGUAGUCUUUUUCCAUCUUGCAUUCACAAGUGCGUCCAUUCUACAGUGCAGCGUGGUUAAAAAGGCGGGGCAAACUGUCGAAGGGAGGCUGUCGAAUUUAUUUAUUCUGACAGCCCCGUCGAUUUUUUUUUGGCUUUCGACAGUGGUGUGGCGAGCCCCUGAGAGCGCAGGGAGAUGAUCGCUCGGUGGAACCGACGGCGUAGAACACCAAGAGACAGAAGCAGAGGCAGCCCAAGGUCGACGUCUGGACAAUGAUCGCGCGAGUUGUCAUCAUCAUGAUCAACUGGCGCACACGUGGCGCCUGACGUCGCGAGAGCGGAGGAAUACAGCUGACGACAACGAAAAUAUGCACAGUCAGCAGAGUGCUGAUGUGGCGCCAAGAGGGAGCAGCAUAGCAGGAGAAAACGAAUUGGAACUUCCGAGAGGCGAGGAGGGAGCAGACGAAGGCUGGGAGGCGGAAUGCAGAGACAGGAUAUGGAGGAGGAAGGAGCGCUUUUGCAGGCCGAGCGACGGCCACGUCGCGGCGGCUGCAGGUAGCACGAAUCUCCAGCAACAGCACAAGCAGCAGGAGGAGCAGGAGGAGGAGAAGGGAGAGCAGGAGGAGGAGGAGAAGGGAGAGGAGGAGGAGGAGGAGGAGGAGGAGGAGGAGGAGGAACAGCAGGAGGAGGAGGAGGAGCAGGAUCAGUGUGCGGAUCACAGGGGUUUGGAUGCGGACGACGUCAUGGCCGCGGCGGACAUGCUGAUUAGGCAAUCAGGGGUGGAGGAUGACGAUCUCCUCUCUAGGAUUGCGAGAGUGGCAAUGACUGAUUCCCAGGUCCAAUCGCUGCUUCUGGAAGAUGCAACAGUGCGUACGACAUUGACAUCCAUGCUGAGAGCUAUCGAAACACGAGUAGAUGAAGAGAGAGGAGGAGGAGGAGGAGGAGGAGGGGGCGGUGUCGUAAGCGAAGAGGAGCGACGAUCUGGUGAGGGAGCAUGCGGCAGUGAGAGCCGGAAUGUCGCGACCCCGGUGGGCGAGGAAGCAAGGGCUACUUCUCCGAGCAGAAGCCCGGCGAGAUCGGGAUCCCGAUGCGGCUUGCCACGUCAUCGUGCCAACUCCAGGCUCAUUUGCCCUUUGACUGGAGUUCGGGCCGCAGGAUCCCGACUACUGUCCGCUCUCGUGUGGCUGAUGAAGUCCCCGCUGCAGAGCGCGCCGGACAACGAGAGGACAUCCGAUGCACAAGGAAGAUCGACGGUCGAGAGAGAUCCCCUCUCUGAUUUGCGGAAGGGGAGAUUUCUCACCGAAGGGGAGAAUCCACUCUCAUCUGAGGGAGGUUUUCCCGCCACUCGGCUGUCAUUUGAGGGAGGUUUUCCCGCCACUCCGCUGUUAUCUGAGGAAGGUUUUCCCGCCAUUCGGCUGUCAUCUGAGGGAGGUUUCCCCGCCACGCCGCUGUCAUCUGGGGGAGGUUUUCCCGCCACGCCGCUGUCAUCUGAGGGAGGUUUUCCCGACACUCGGCUGUCAUCUGGGGGAGGUUUUCCCGCCAGUCGGCUGUCAUCUGGGGGAGGUUCUCCGGCCAGAUCAACGAACCAUUCUUCCGCUGCUUUCCCCCUCAGCAGAUGGCCAUAUGGUAGCGCUCAGUCAGAUAGGGAGAAGGAGGAGGAGGAGGAGGAGGAGGAGGAGGAAGAGGAGGAGGGAGGGGUGGUCUUGGUCGCGCCGUCGGUACCUGAUCAUGAAAAAAUGGGUCCCGAUGAUCGGGCGGGGCGGAUUCAGUCAGCAGAAACUAUUGACCCUCGGGUUGAGGAGGUCGGCAUUGGGAUCGAGAGCAGUACUGGAAGGGUGAGAGAGGGCGAGAGAGAGACAUGGCAAUCAACUGAGAAAGUGAAUAUAGACCGAAAGCAGGAAGAUCGUGAACCUCUUUUUUCCGUCAUAGACCCCGGUUGCCUGGAACUGUUGAUGUUCUUCGCCGUGGUAUCUCAUCAACAGGUCGAGAUGGACAGACGUUAGGGAGAGACGUUUUUAAGUUAAACCCUCAGAUCAAUUACAAACAAUAUAAU